AUGUCUCUCGGAAAGAAGGCCACUCUUAACACCGGUGCUGAGAUCCCCCAGCUGGGAUUCGGUACUUGGCAAUCUGCCCCCGGUCAGGUCGGUGAGGCUGUCUACGAGGCCCUGAAGGCCGGUUACCGCCACCUGGAUCUUGCCACCAUCUACCAGAACCAGGUCGAGGUUGCUGCCGGUAUCAAGCGCGCCUACCAGGAUGUCCCCGGACUGAAGCGUGAGGAUCUUUUCAUCACCUCCAAGCUGUGGAACAGCCAGCACCGUCCCGAGGUCGUUGAGGCCUCUCUGGAUGCCUGCCUUGCUGAGCUUGAGCUCGACUACCUUGACCUUUACCUCGUUCACUGGCCCGUCGCUUUCCAGAAGGGCGAGUCUUACUUCCCCCUGGUUGAGGGCAGCAAGGUUGAGGGUGGUGAUGUUAUCAUUGAUGACGGUGUCUCCAUCGUCGACACCUGGAAGGCCAUGACCAAGCUCCCCAAGAGCAAGGCCCGCGCCGUCGGUGUCUCCAACCACACUAUCCCUCACCUCGAGGCCAUUAUUAACGGCACUGGCGUUGUCCCUGCUGCCAAUCAGAUCGAGCGUCACCCUGUCCUGCAGAGCAACGACCUGAUCGAGUACUGCCAGAAGAAGAACAUUCACAUCACCGCUUACUCCGCCUUCGGUAACAACAUGCUUAACAUCCCUCUCCUGAUCACCCGCCCCGAGGUCAAGGAGGUCGCCGAGUCCGUCUCCAAGCGCACUGGCACCCAGGUCACCGGUGCCCACGUCAUCCUCGCCUGGUCCCAGGUCAACGGUGGCAGUGUCAUCCCCAAGUCGGUGACUCCCUCGCGUAUUCGCGACAACUUCAAGGAGGUUGAGCUCACUGCCGAGGAGAUCGCCAAGGUCAACGCCCUGGGUGCUAACCGUCGCCGCUACAACACUCCUUAUACUGCCAACAAGCCCCGCUGGAACAUCAACAUCUUCGGCGAGGAGGAGGAGAAGCCUGCCGACCACAAGGUCAUCCUGUAA